AUGUUUCCUCAUCUCAGUAGCGGAUCGCCUGCUCACCAAAGAGCACAUCAACACUACUCUACCUGUUGUCCACUAGACUGUCCCGCACGAAGAGCUCCUCCUCAUAUCUCUCAACACUAUCCAAUGCAAAAAAUCCAGCAGGGCCCUAAUAUUGAUCCAUCUCUAUUGCAUCCAGCCUUUUCGGGUCUGUUUUUCCAGCAACGGAGGAGCCAUACAACCAUGACUCGCGCUUUUACAUCAUCACAACCACAACCACAACCUCAACCUCACACAUCAUCGCUACCCCCUCCAUCAUCAUUACCUUCCCAUCCUUCCUUUACAACAAUGGACCCUGCAAGGAUUUCACCCAUCUUUUUUGGAUAUUCUUCAAAGCCUCAACGAGCAAAGAUGUGA